AUUUAAAAAAGAAACCUAUUCCUUGUUUAAGAACACUUGCAACGGCAUCAUGAUUCCAAUACCUCGAGUCCUAUUUAACAACUUCCGAUGAAAAUAUUUUCCAUCAGGACACCUCAGUCUUCUGCUGCUUGAUUUCUUCCUAAUUCUUGAGAAACGAACUCCAGGGUGAAAAUUUUUGGCCCUGUGGAAACAUGAUGAGGGGGAGAAACUUCUCCGGUAACUAUACAAACCCAUGUCUGACUAUGCACCAGCCGUGGGCUUCACUGCUUGUUCAUGGGAUAAAGCGCGUUGAGGGGAGGUCAUGGCCUGCUCCAAUCAGAGGCCGCCUUUGGAUUCAUGCUGCAAGUAAGGUGCCAGAUGAGGCCACGAUCAAAGCAAUGGAGGACUUCUACAGGGAAAUUUAUGCCGUGAAUGGAAUUACUGAUCUCAAGUUUCCAGAAUAUUAUCCUGUUUCAAGACUAUUAGGGUGUGUUGAAGUGGUUGGCUGUGUUAGAGGUGAAGAACUAGCACACUGGAACAUGGUACCCGAAGGGGUGAGGCUGGAAGGACUGACUGACUUUUGUUGGCUCUGUGAACAGCCACAGAAACUGUUAAUUCCUUUUGAGAUGCGAGGGUACCAACGCGUUUAUAAUCUGGAAAAAAAGAUAUAUGAGGCUGCUAUUAGAGGUCUUAUUUCAGUUGAAGGCCCACUGCCUGUGAAAUUUCCACUUCCAAAUCUACAAGAUCCAUUUUCCUUGAAGCCAGGUUCUGUCUCUACGCAGUUCUUUGGAUCUAAAGCAUCUGAUGUGGAAGAAUCAUCAAGCCUUGGUGCCGCAAUAGCUGGUGCACGAGCAGCAGCCACUCAGUUCACUAAAAAGGAUGAAAAUCUCCCUAUUGUGACCCAGAAUAGUAAACCUAACGCAGCAAAGACUGGUCCAAUAAAGAGAAAAUCUUUGAGAGUGGAUUCAAUGACAUACACUAAUAUUAGUGACAACAAAAGUUCUUUGCCGUCAAAUAACGAAGAGAAAAGUACUGACAAUAAGUACGAGGGAAGUAGUAGCUGUAAUCAACCUGCUGCUAGUUUGGAACGGCAUCCUGGGGCACCUUCUAAGAUUUUCACUGCAGCCUUGAGGGGACUUAAGCCAUCAUGAAUUUCUGAAAUUUGGGGAAGGAAUAUCUGUCCCUGCUGUUACAAAUUGCUUGUGGAGUCUGGCUCUUUCUAACUGGUCAUCAUAGCAUGAAGAGUUGGGCGUUCUUUUCCUUGUGUUUUCAUAAAUAUUCUACGUAUAGAUAAAUACAUUUAUGUAUAUAGGGGCAGCAUUUGUAGUACUCAGUUUAUUGUUUAUUUUCCAUAGUUUAUAUCCCUGGCUAUCAGAAUUUGAUGUUUUUCUUUUUUAAGCUAUUAGAGUUUGAUAUGCUGUAACUUUUGAUGGUUAAACUCACAGUUUUCUCUCAUUCGCUAAUGAUUGGCGCAUGGAGGGCUAAAAUUAUCGCUUUGAUUGUUCUGACCUCCA